AUGCUGAGGUGCUGCUCGUCCCUUUUUUGUGCAGCUGUGUCUACGGAUGCGAUAUUUAGGCGGGCAUUCGGCUCGCAAAGCAUUCUCAUUGACCUCAUUCCGGUAAAGAAGCCGAUGAUUGAGGGCUCGCUUAGCUGGUUUGUCGAGGAAAACAUUGAGAUUGUUCUUGUGUCGGGUGUGCGGGGCACAUGCUCUGACGCGGUGACGGAGAACGUGAAGCGGACGGCGGUACAUCUUUUGCAGCAGUGCGGGGAUGGGGAUGCGGUGAAGGGUUGCCACACAGUCAGGCGAUGCAUUGAGGGGGCGAGGGCGACGCGGAACCUGCUUCACCGUCUCGACCUUCAGGUGCGUCUACGCAUCUGGGGCCCGAUGGUGAUGAUGAUGAUGAUGGAGGAAUCCUCGUCAUCGUCAUUACCCACUAAAGCAGCUGUGGCAGCUAAGGUAAGAUCUGAGGGGGAACGUAAAGGGGAAUUACACUGUUCAGUUUAUGAGGCUGAUGCGUGGGACCCUUAUAGAAAUGAACGACACAUCAUGGAUGUAUCGAAGUCGCCAUCGGUGCAAUCCUUGUGCGAUCUCCUGCGGGAGGCCCUACGGAUUUUGCGACGUGAUGCGGAGGUGAAAGGCCAACAGUUUGCUCUGGCCUCAUUUCAAGAAGCAAAGUUGCUUUUUACAACAGCGAUGCCUGUAGCCUCCAUAUAUAGCGGUAUUUGUUUCCCCCAGGGAACAAUAUGGGGGGAAACGGGGGGCGCUUUUUCAAAGGAUCCGGUACUGCGAAAUUUGCUAUGUCCCACAACCUACGCAGUGGACAUGGAGUUCCUCCGUUAUGAAAGGGAGGAUGCGAGUGCCUUUGGUGUUAUUGCGGGCAAAUGGGCGAUACACGAUGAUGCGGGAAACACAGAGAGGUGUGACGUGCCAUUGAUGACGCUUAGGGACAGAGGCGGCCUUAUGCAUCAAGGCAGGUGCCAUGAAUUAGUAUGCCAAGAAAAUGAGAUUCUAGAUGAUUCUGCAAUCAAUUCAUUGGAAGAUGCGGGGUCCUUUGUUCGUACGAAAAAUUUGAGGGAUCCUGAGGUUGUUUCGACGCUUUUGUGUUCAAUUUGUUCACAACCGCUUCUUCAAAUUUUGCUUUUUCAUGUCUCUUGUGACAUUUUGUGCGGCCAAUUAGCCCCGACAAAAGCGGAGGAUUUUGUUGCAAGUUGUGGGCGAGUUGGUAUCGAUGCGUGGCUAAGUGAAUGGGGUCACCCCGUGACGGUUCCUAUGGCACCGCGUUGUUUGAAAUACCCUAAUCCUUUUUUAUUUCUGCAGGAGUGUCUGCCACUGGAAUUUGGCACAAGAGCGAUGAUGCUGGCAUCUGUUGGAUCUUUGCAUUUUGGAUAUCAUCUGGCCGUCACGGCUGGUGGGCGUGUAUCGACAAUUGUGGGUGGUUUCAGUUCAGCUGCGACGGCGUUAUCGACGCUUUUUCCAUGGCACGUGGCCACACCACAGCGAAGUUCUGCGGUUGCGGAGCCGACGGAUCAUGGUCAAAAGAACACCCAAAAUUCGAGUAAUUCCCAGGCAAAGAAGGAGGAGAAGGGCCCAUCGAAGUCACGUAAGACUUCCAAUGAGCACGCUGAGGCAACCCCCUCAUUUGUCGUGGAGGUUAUUGACAUGGAAGCCACACUUAGAGCUAUGGGCGUUGCCUCAGGGAAGUUUAGUCAGGAUGUUGUGGAGUAUUCGGAUGCGUCAGGUCGGACUCUUUUUCGGUUUGAACAGAUGGACUCACUGCAGGGGAUUGAACGAUUUGUGAAGCGUCUUCGGCGAAGUCAAUCUCCAUGUUUUGCUUCUAUUUUCGUUCAUAACAACAAGAGAGCCUCAGCUCUUCUCUUGUGGCGAGCCUUUGCUGGAAUUUCAGCGCAUAAAGCGCCACACUACAUAAAGCGUAUUCGGAUCCCCAUACCUUUAGUUUCAGAUGAGUUUUUUUCAAUUCGCUUUUCGGGUUUGCUGGAAAUGGAACAAAAAGAUUACGCAUUGCUUAGCAUUCUUGAACGCUACUCCAAAGACCCGAAGCAAUGGCCUUUGAAGCGUCUGUCACCAUGUUUUUUUAACCUAUGGCGGCUGACGCGAGGAAUCAUUGAGGCCAUUCUACGUCAUGAUCCACUGUUUUGUUACACCAUUAAGAGUGCUUCAGUAGAGGUGCAAAAUAAUGAAUUUGUCUUGUCUUUCUACUCCGGGGAUGAGAAGACCCAUGAGACGCACAUAAAGGAGAAGUGCUUUCUCCAAGAGGUGCGGCGUUGCUUUGCUCAGUACGCCGCACGAUGGGAUAUCGAAGUCCCUUCUAUUGAGACAAUGGCAUUUGCGUUUAUGGAGAUUAAAAAGAGUUUAUCGAUUUCUUUCAGGGCUUUUGUGACGGCAUUUUUACAAAAUAGCGUGAUGUUGCUACAAAAAGAAUCGAAGGCGUCGUUGAAGCUCCAAAUUGUUGAUGGCGUAAGGAUUAAUCUUUGUAGUGCUACUUUUGCCCAAAACGAACCGGUGAAAGAGAUGCUUUCCAAGACAUUUUUGGCGGAACAGUUCCCCGAAGCGCUACCGCUAGUCCACCUGCUGCAGCGGGCACAUACUUUUCUUUUACUUAUUACUGGAGAGGGGGAAACGUUCUUUCGGUGUCAAGACACCACUGAGAGACUCGGCUUCCGCUGGGAGCUGCAGAAGAUUUCCGGUGGCGUGGAAAAUGUGACGGUGUUGGACGCGGCGGUGGGGUCGUCGCGGUUCGAGGCAUUAAAGGCGCUUUUGGAAAAAAUCACUGGUGAAGGUGAAGGUGAAUCCUUCCGUGCAGCGCUCGGCAAGGGAAAGGCGGUUCCCACCAGUCUGGCGUUUGCGAGGACGAUUGAGGACUAUCAAGAGGUGCUUGCACAAAAGCUUGGGAUGAAGAAGAUUAUUCAUGAAUAUGACGUGAAACGUAAAUUGCUGAUAGUGAGAGGAGUCCACGACAAGGAACUUGCGACCGGGACCAAAGAAAGCAUCAUUCGAGUCAUUUCACUCGGUAAGCUGUGUUCUGUUGGGGAUAUUAUUCACAGGUACUAUCGCAGAGAACUUCAUCUUGCCGAUCCACCGCUUUUGGAGGAUCAUGAGCAACUGCGAACCGCCUCCUUGGAAUGGAUAUACAAAUUGUGCCAGACACAUUUUGCAUUACCGUUGCCACCGCUGGAAAAAUCAAUUGUCAUACAACCAGAGAAUAAGGGAUGGAGGGUUGUACUGCGUCUUCCGGCGAGACUUUUUGCUCUUGAAAUAUCAAAUUAUGUUGAAUAUGCUUUCUGGGGGCGUGGAAAAAGUGAGGGAAAACGUGGCGUUUUAUGCGUCUUUUAUAAGGCAAUAUAUGGUGAGGCACGGGAAGAGGUUGAACGGGUUUUGUCUCAGGCCCACUGUGGUGAGCCCUUUUCUAGAGACGGUUUCUCCACCUUCACUAAGGGAUCAUCCACAGCUGAGAACAGGAACAACACCGUCAUUCCCCAGCAACUUCAAAAAAGCAACAACGGCAGCAGGGGUAUUAUUGCUGCUGAUGGUAAGAGUAGUAGCGUAAAGAAUGGUAGUGGUACAGCGGGAAUAGGGGCGGUUUCCAAUUUGGGUGCCAACUGCAUGUAUGCUGAACUUAUGGGAUUGAUUUCCUCACAAUUUCGACCUCAUGUGGGUUACGAUGGCGUCGUGGAGUGUCAUUUAAGUCACAUCACUGGGUUUACUGGUCGUUACGUUUGUUCUCCGGUCCAGGAGGGAAAGUUGGUGGGGCUGUUUGGUGUGCCACUACGUGCAACGAUGUGGUUGCCCUUUCAAAUUCUUGCUGUGCUGCUUUCGUGUGCGCGUCGACUUGUUCCUGAUGAGAAGUUAGAAGCAUUAAUAUUACGUAAUGCCGCGUCUUGGCCGUCACUUUUUCUUGACACGGUGCAGAGCGAACGUCUCUUUUGCACCACUUUUUUACGGCGUUACUUGGGUCUUUGUAUAUUUGAGGAGAAUGAUUUGGAUGAGCGGGCGGCGGUACCAGGCACGUUAUAUCUUGUGGAACGCACAAAGCAAAUUCGAGUCGAUUGUUUUGAGGCGUCGUUGUCGCUUUUGCAGACGCCAUUGCCGCCAAGCUUGACGACAUUUUCAAAAAUAAUUGCAUCCCACAAGGCUGCCACCAUCUCGAGAGCGGAAUCAACCAUGUGGGGGAUUGUGCUACAGCAACUUCCGCGGCUGGACGCAGUGCAGGCAGAAGAUUUUGACAAGGCUGUUCUUCAGGCCGUUAUGCGGUCUGCCAAUGAAAUUGCUUGCUAG